CCGACAGUUGGCGCGACCCGGAGGGCGGGCAGGCGGCUCCUGGGGGUGCGGGCCGGCAGGGCCAGGCCCGUCAUGCAAAGCCACUGAGAUGUGCGUAUUCUCAGUUCCUGGCACAGAGUGAGCACUCCUGAGGACCUGCUCCAUGGGCUUCAGAAUCAGAGAGAACUUGCUUUUCAGUCUCAGAAAGGCUCCAAGAAGCAGGGUCAAGGCCAGGGAGACGAUGGUCUCAGUGACUAUGGCCACUUCCGAGUGGAUCCAGUUCUUCAAGGAAGCCGGCAUUCCCCCAGGACCUGCUGUUAAUUAUGCUGUGAUGUUUGUGGAUAAUCGGAUCCAGAAGAGCAUGCUGCUAGAUCUCAAUAAGGAAAUCAUGAACGAGCUGGGCGUGACCGUAGUGGGUGACAUCAUUGCCAUCCUCAAGCAUGCCAAGGUGGUACACCGCCAGGACAUGUGCAAAGCCGCCACGGAGUCGGUGCCCUGCGGCCCCAGCCCCCUCCAGGGUGAGCUUCGCCGGGGCGCCUCUAGUGCCGCUUCUCGAAUGAUCACCAACAGCCUGAACCAUGACUCUCCACCACACACCCCCCCACGGCGCUCAGACACCAGCACCUCCAAGAUCUCUGUCACCGUGUCCAACAAGAUGGCGGCAAAGAAUGCCAAGUCUGCUGCGCUGGCGCACAGGGAAGAGGAAAGCCUGGUUCCCACCAAGCGGCGUCGGGUCACAGCUGAGAUGGAGGGAAAGUACAUCAUCCACAUGCCCAAGGGGACCACGCCUCGGACCCGCAAGAUCCUGGAGCAGCAGCAGGCUGCCAAAGGUCUCCAUAGAACAUCUGUGUUUGAUCGCCUUGGCGCGGAGACCAGAGCAGACACGACGACGGGAACCAAGCCCACGGGAGUUUUCAGCCGCUUAGGGGCCACCCCAGAGAUGGAUGAGGAUCUGGCCUGGGACAGUGACAAUGACAGCAGCAGCUCUGUCUUGCAGUAUGCUGGGGUCCUGAAGAAGUUAGGACGGGACCCAACCAAGGCCAGUCCCCAGCCAGCACUGACUGUCAGAGCCAAGGCCACAAGCUCUGCAAGCACAACAGCUACCACUGCAAAGCUGCGGCGCCCGGCACUCCCCUCUCGCCCUGGGCUGGAGAAGAAGUCGGAGUCCCUGCCCAAAGUCAGCGUCCUUCAGAGACUGGGCAAGGCUGCCCUUGUGUCUGAGGCACAGGACAGCCAGGUCACAAGCACCAAGAGCCCGACCGUCCGCUGCAUCCUGCCCGACCCUCCUGCACCUCUGGCCUCCCAGCGGCCCCCUCGUCGACGAUGGCGUCGAGCCUGUAAAGACUGUUAGCUGCCUUCCAGUCCCAGGCUGGAGGGACCCCCCAGACCUCGGCCCGCAACUGGGCCACCUCUGUUUCCCUGCCCUGGCUGUCUUUUUUCUUUGGUGGGUGGUGGGCAGCAGACAUCGGGAAGGGGAGGGGUGCUGAGGAAAGAUGACAGCUAUUUUAAUAUAUUUUUGUGACUUGCAAACUGUUUCCUUCCCCCUCCUUCAGUGGGAGUCACAGCUCUUCUUCACACCAGCGCGGUGGGGUGGUGGGCACUGGAGACGGGCUAAGUUAAAGGGAGUAAUGGUGACAGAGGAAGCCGUUCCCUCCCCUACAAGCUGCAGUGGUCUGUCCCUGUGGCCUCCCCAUCGAUUUCACCGUUCUCCUGUGCGUCGCAGAGGUAGAAUCUCAUUCUGGAGCUCUAGCUUGCCUGGAACUUGAUAUGUAGACCAGGCUGGCUUUGAACUCUCAAGAGACCAGUGUGCCUCUGCCUCCCAACUGCUGGGAUUAAAGGCUUUUGCCACCAUACCCAGCUGGCUUGCUUUCUUUCCUUUUCCUUUUCCUCUUCCUCUUCCUCUUCCUCUCCUCUCCUCUCCUCUCUCCUCUCUUCUCUCCUCCCCUUCCCUCCCCUCCCCUUCCUUUCCCUCCCCUUCUCUCCUCUCCUCCUCUAAAACCCAAGGAGGCCCAAACUUGCUUUAUAGUUGAGGAAGUCUUAAAACAUCUUUCUUUAAAAACAA